AUGGAAAGUCCUGGAUCAGACAAAUCGUCGAUUCUAACAUCGGACCCUCAUAUGCCUAAUCCUAGAGAGUCCUUCCCCGAGUCCACACGUCUCCCCCUUGAUCAGAUGCCCAAAACGAUAGAGGAUAGCAGUGAAGUUCAAGACAGUGGCAUUGGAGUCUCUCAGCUCUCUUCAUCCCUAUCGGGACUUCCUUCCUCUCGAAGGAGUCCUGAAUCGACAGGGGCCCACUUACCGAAUAACUUUUCCACCCCACUGAAUACUCGUGAUGCGGUAGUGCCAUUGGUAGUGCCGCAAGAGAGUAUUUCGAACGUUGCGGAGGCUACGAGUUUUGUCACCUCCACCUCAGCGUCCAUGUCAGCAUCUGAUUCUGUGCCAAACAAUACAAGAGGAGCAAGACGUCCCCAAAGGAAGGAUCGCAAAUGUCCCUAUUGCAAUAAGACCUUCGACCGACCAUCUCUUCUCCAUCGACACAUCCUCAGUCAUACUGGAGAGCGUCCUUUUCCUUGCCAAUACUGUAACAAGGCUUUUUCUACUCGUAGUGGUGUCAACACUCAUGAAAGAAUACACACUGGAGACAAACCUUACGUCUGCAGAACUUGUGGACGCCGAUUUGCUGCUGGUUCCAACUACAUCUUUCAUGUGUAUACACAUUCCAACGUCCGUCGCCAUCGUUGCGACAUGUGUUCCAAGGCGUUUGUAACGCCGGGAGAUCUGAAGAGACAUAAAUAUAGCCAUACGGGAGAUUGGCCAUUCAGAUGCAGUGAAUGCAACCGGGGUUUCGCAAUCGAACGUAGUCUCAACAAUCACAAAAUCAUCCAUGCUGGUGUUAAACCAUACGUCUGUUGUCUAUGCAAUAAGUCCUACACACAGGAAAGCUCCUUGAAAACACAUAUGCGCCUACAUCAACAAGAUCCCACAGACCUAACUAGUACACCAACAACUAGCAAUCGGGAAACCGCUUUUGCACUGCUUAAUCGUUUAAGUCAACACCCUAUCCGAACUCCAGCGACCACUUCAUCCGAGGUACUUAUACCAGAGGCUCCAAUCCAGAUGCCCAUUUUCCAUUUCCGAGAGUUUUUAACGCACCGCUUCCCCAUAUCACCUCAUCUAUUUACUGGACUCCAAGCGGGGGACAUAAACCCACAACCUGACUCUGAUAUUCAAAUGCAGAUACUUCAGCAGCAAUUAUCCCAUCUGCAUGUACACUCGGCAAAUGAAGCGCUAUCCACUAGCGAACGCAGCGCUUUCGUAGAUCUCCGACAGCAACGGGCACCUUCGAGUCCCCGCCAUCCACUGCUUCAUCCAUUGUCCAAUCUCUCAAACCAUCACCAUCGCCCACAGCGCCAAAGACCAAGGCCUGUGUCGCCGGAGCAGACCCAACCCAUUGAUCUCUCGAUAAAGAAAACCCGACGAUAA